CGUAAUCUUCGCUGGCGUGAAAUUUGUCAGCUCUGGAGUGCCGUAGCUUUCUGGUGUAGCCGUGCAUGCGCAGUAGAGUUGUAGCUGUUUCUGCAGUAAGAGCAGUAAGAUGGAUAGUGAGGAGGCUCCUGCUCAACGGCCAGUCACCUUGGAUAUCACAGUAGAGGAUGUAACCAAGGAAGCUCCAUCUGCAGACCCUCCAGAGCCAACCACCAACCAGACCCCUUCCAUAGACAACGUCCUGCCCCAGGAGGACAGCAUUGAUCUGGGUGGAGAGUUUGUCACGCCCCAGGAGGAAAGCAGCGCCACGCCCUCCGAGAGCCUGAUGGACAAGCUCAAUGACCAGAUGAUGGAGAGCGUCAUGAUCUCCGACUCGCCUAAUAACAGUGAGGAGGAUGAUGUGGCUCCCAUUGAUUCCUUUCUGGAUGCGGGAGAAGAAGAGGAGAAUACAGGAGAGACCCCGGGUGACAAGGAGGAGCAAACUGAGAUAGGACAGAAUACAACUGAGAUCAAAGUUUCAGCCGAGGAGCAGAAGAAAGAAGAUUCUGAGCCCAAAGUAGAGGAGGACACAAAGGAGGGGACGGACACACAAGAGGAUGUUACGGCCUGUGUUACACCUCGAAGUGACACACAGAGCCCAAAUGAUCUUCAAAGUGAGGAACCAGCACCAGCCAAAGAGGCGAGCCCGAAAGAGGAGCCCGUGCCGGUGUGCACCAUAUUCAGCCAGGGCACCCAACCGAAGUCUUUGGUGCCUGACGGCUUCCAGCCCACCCUCAUCAAGUCCCCCAGCUUUAGUAUGGGGAGCGGUGGGGGAAGCGAUGAGGCAGUGACCCCCAGCAAGCUGACGGCUCCGCUCGUGUGCCAGCCCAGCCCCAGCCUCAGCAAGUUCUUCACUGACAAUGGACAGACAAAUCCAGCCUCUGACUUCUUUGAUUCCUUUACUGUCCCCUCCUCCUUCAUCUCCGUUUCUAACCCCAAUGCAGAGAUCCCUCCUGGCGCCAGCCCCGCACCCACAGCCACCACCCCUGAGCACCAGCUCUCCUCCACCUCCUCCUCCCUCUCCACCCCUGGAGGACCUCUGGACUCCGGUGUUCCCACAUCUAGCUCAGUUUUUGCCCCCACCCCUACUGAAUCAACUGCCAAGCCCCAGCCUCCUCCACCCCAAACAACCCCAGCUCCAACUCAACCUGCCGCCCCAGCCCUGGCCACUCAGCCGCAGCCCUUCAACCAGCUCCAGGCUGUGUUCUCAGGCAGUGAUGACCCAUUUGCAACAGCGCUGAGCCUGAGUGAGGUGGACCGGCGCCAUGAUGCCUGGCUGGCGUCUGAGGAGACCAGGAAGGUGUUGAUCUCUGUGGCCACCCAGCAGUACAGCCCAGCCUACGUAGAGAGCAGCAGACUCACCAUGCCUGGCCUCAAGUUUGACAACCUGCAGGGAGACGCUGUGAAAGACCUAAUGCUUCGUUUCUUGGGAGAGCAGGCAGCCAUGAAGCGUCAGGUCCUCAACGCCAACUCUGUGGAACAGUCCUUCACAGGCCUCAAACAGCUCAUCAGCAGUAAGAACUGGCGGGCUGCAGUGGAUCUGACAGGCCGACUGCUGACAGCUCAUGGUCAGGGAUAUGGAAAGGCUGGCCAGCCAACCUCCCACACCACCGACUCACUGCAGCUCUGGUUUGUGCGGCUGGCCCUCCUCACCAAGCUGAACCUCUUCCAAAAUGCUGAGCUGGAGUUUGAGCCCUUUGGCAACCUGGAUCAUCCAGACCUCUACUAUGAGUAUUACCCGGCUGUUUACCCUGGAAGGAGAGGCUCCAUGGUGCCAUUCUCCAUGCGGUUGCUGCAUGCCGAGCUUCCCCAGUACCUGGCCAAGCCCCAGGAGGCUCUGGACCGCCUGCACAAUCUCAAAACCGUCUGCCUCACCAUUCUGGAGAACUUGGAGAAAGGCUUGGCUGAGGAUGGCAGCAUGAUCACCCUAACACAGGAGAACAGGCAAGCGUCUCUUAAGCUGUGGAGGUCUCGUCUCAGCCGGGUCAUGUACUCCAUGGCCAACUGUCUGCUGCUGAUGAAGGACUAUGUUCUAGCUGUGGAGACUUAUCAUUCCAUCAUCCAGUAUGAACCCCAGCAGAGAGUGCAGCUGCUCAGUGGCAUAGGACGCAUCUUCUUGCAGAUCGGAGACAUUAAAACAGCAGAGAAGUAUUUCCAGGAUGUGGAAAAAGCCUGCCAGAUGAAAGGGAGCCAGCCCAGUCACACCACAUGUGUGCUGAUGAACAGAGCGUUCGUCUACCUCAGUCAGAACAACUACGCUGAAGCACACGCAUCCUUCAUUGAAGUUUUAAAAAUUGACCCAAAAAACCCUGUGGCCAAUAACAACGCAGCAGUGUGCCUGCUCUACCUGGGCCGGCUGAAGGAGUCCCUGGGCCAGCUGGAGGGCCUGGUGCAGCAGGACCCUGCACACUACCUCCACGAGAGCGUCCUCUUUAACCUGACCACUAUGUAUGAGCUGGAGUCAUCGCGCAGCACCCAGAAAAAACAGGCGCUGCUGGAGUCUGUGGCCUGCCGGGAGGGGGACAGCUUUAACACACAGUGCCUCAAACUGGUCUAAGAGGCAAGAGGAUGGACUGGUAGAGGACAUACACACUACUGCAUUGUCCUCUGUGGGACAGGGAAUAACACCUCAAGAGUAAAAUAUAUAGAGGAGGAGAGAGAACUAGCUCCUGUAACAGAAAAGUAAAUGUUUAAUGCUUGGUUUGGUUUUCCAGAAGUAUGUUGAUUUUAUCGAUCUGUCAGCACUGCUUUUCUUCUAUAAAAUAGAUUCAGGAAGCCAAACCCAGGUACACAUUUCAUCUCAUGUGAGCCCGCAGGGGGGGACUCCUGUCCUAUUGAGGGGGUGACCCAGUAAUAACAAACAAAACAAAACAGCGGCCAGCUCACAUCUGCUGCUGGAGUGACAUUUUGGGAGGUGCAGGAGUCGAUGUUAAAUUUAAUUUACAGAUUAAAGGAACGGUUUCGAAAAUUAGACGAAAAGAUGGAUACCACUCUUAAACGUCAUCUGUCUCUCGGCAAGAAAGCGCAUUUCAAAAUAUGUCAAACUAUUCCUUUAAACUCAUUUUGAUCAAAGAAAUCCCGGUCCCAUUACUACAGAGGAAUCAUGAAAUGAAGUAUUUGUGGUUUGAAGAGACCUCAGUAUACAGAUGUUCAUUGCACUACAGACUGGUAGUGGUUUUAAGGGAGAUGCAGGCUCAUAAUGUGAGACUUGACACGGGCAUUAUCCAGAGCUUCAGCGUGCUUAAAAGACUAAAGUGUCCACAGAGGUCCUUUUAUAAAGCUUCUUCCUCCCCUUUUCUCAGCAGACACCUGUAACACUGGAUUAACAGUCAAAGACCACUUGAUUUCAGCUGUCUGCUUGUGCUAGGUUCAUUAACUCACACAGGAAAACAUAAAUAAGCCCUUCAGAUUGCAGCGUAUCCUCUCCACUAAACAAAACAUGUAAAAUAUUAAAUAUCCAAAAUUGUACAUAUCAGAGUAGGUGAUUUCUUUCUGUUAAAUGAUAUCAAAAUGAUUUUCUUGCUAAAUCUUUUAUUGAUUUAUCCUGUUGGAUCUUUAAUCAUCACUGUUUACAGAUUGUGUUUAUCAUAUUUAUGUAUAUUAAAAAUGGAAUUUUGUUUUAUCCUAAAUAAAAUGCAUCUUUUAAAUUAA